CUAUUAUAUAUCAUUCCUCUCAUAUCCUCCAUCGAUUUUCUGGGACGAGUUGACACCAUUAUUAACUCAGAACGUGACAAUGUCCAACUCAAGCGACUCGCCUUCCCCAACCCAACCCUCUCAUCACACUCAUCCCAUUCCCACAACCAAAAAGUCUUCGUCAUCUUCAUUAUCAUGGCCCUCAGCUUUUCUUAUCUUCUCAGUUCUGGGUCCACUGGCAAUAGCUCUGCUCAUCUACCAACUCGACUCGCUCGACCCAGCUCCUCUACCCCUCCACGAGUUGACUCAGCCAGUCGCGGCUGCUCCAACGCGUAAUGCCCACAUGCUCAAAGGGUCGGAGUUUGUGGGUGCUGGGGCUUUGCUGGCGCCCGAAGACGUGGCUUAUGACUCAAAGUCGGGGCUGAUUUACACGGGUUGUGCUGAUGGAUGGGUCAAGCGAGUCAGGCUGAACGAGUCGGCUGCUGACUCGGUGGUGGAGAAAUGGGUUUUCACCGGUGGGAGGCCGCUUGGACUCGCUCACGGCCAUAAGAACGAGGUUUUUGUGGCUGACACAGAAAAGGGGCUAUUGAAGAUAAGUGAGGACGGAACAGUAGAACUGUUGACAGAUGAGGCCGAGGGUGUAAAAUUCAAGCUAACAGACUGCGUAGAUGUAGCACAAGAUGGCAUGCUUUACUUCACAGAUGCUUCACACAAAUACAGCUUAAAAGACGUCGUCUCAGAUAUUUUAGGGGGCAGACCCCAUGGCAGAUUGAUGAGCUACAACCCAACAACCAAAGAGACCAAAGUUCUGGUCCACAACCUCUACUUUGCCAACGGAGUGGCAGUCUCUCCAGAUCAAAACUUCGUUGUCUUCUGUGAAACUGUCAUGAGAAGGUGUAGAAAAUACUAUCUACAAGGCAGUAAAAAAGGGAGUGUAGAAAAUUUUAUUGACCAUUUGCCAGGCUUGCCUGAUAAUAUCAGAUAUGAUGGGGAAGGCCAGUACUGGAUUGCAUUGACCACGGAGGUUACACCAUACUUGGAUCUAGCACUUAGAUAUCCUUUUAUUCGAAAGGUUCUGGCAAUUCUGAAGCGGUAUGCAGCAGACAGACCGCAUUUGGAGAAGAAUGCUGGUGUGUUGGCCGUGAAUUUGAAUGGGGAACCUACUGCUCACUAUUCUGAUCCUGAGUUGUUUCUCAUUACAAGUGGGAUCAAGAUUGGAAAUUACCUCUACUGCGGUUCGAUUGUUAAUCCCUACAUUAUCCGCCUUGAUGUCCAUCAACAUCCUGCACAUCCCACUACAUGAGCUAUGGUGUACUAUUUCCUGCUCCCUUGAUAUAAUUUGCAACAAACA